GCUAUGAAUUAUGAUUCUCAAAAUCUCCUAUUGGAUUUGCUCCGACGUUUCUCGACAAAAAUGUCUAAUUUCCUCACAUGUUUUUCAACAAAAAUGAUACCAAGAGGUAUCUUCUCCAACUUCAUCACCCUCUAUCCUGUCUUCCACUUCUCACUUCUUGCUUGCACUCUAUAAAUGGACCCCUCCAGAAGCUUAACAAUGGCAGCUCUCAGAUCCUCAGCUUUGGCUCAUAUAUGGCUCACUCCGUAGCUCUAGCAACUCUUGGCCUCACUAAACCCAAUCAAAUCCAACGUCCCAAGAUAUUGAUUGCUGCAAGAGAGGUCGAUUUGCUGGAAUGGAAAGGAGACAUACUUGCAGUAGGUGUGACAGAGAAGGACAUGGCUAGAGACCCAAAUUCCAAGUUCCAAAAUUUGAUCUUGCAAAAAUUGGACUCAAAAUUGGGUGGUUUGCUGUCUGAGGCCUCAUCUGAGGAAGAUUUUUCUGGGAAAUCUGGUCAAUCCAUUGUCCUAAGACUGCCUGCUCUUGGGUUUAAAAGGAUUGGGUUAGUUGGGCUCGGGUCAGUAGUUUCUUCAACCAUUGCUUAUCGUACUCUCGGUGAGACUAUUGCUGCAGCUGCUAAAUCUGCUCAGGCAAGUAGUGUUGCUGUUGCACUUGCUUCGGCUGAAGGCCUCUCGGUGGAAUCGAAGCUCAGUGCUGCCUCUGCAAUGGCAACCGGAAUUGUGUCGGGGACUUUUGAAGAUAACAGGUUUAAGCUAGAGCCAAAGACUCCCACUCUCAAAUCUGUCGAGAUUCUUGGCCUUGGAACUGGACCCGAGAUUGAAAAGAAACUGAAAUACUCAGAAGUUGUUAGUUCUGGUGUGAUAUUCGUGAAAGAGCUUGUAAAUGCACCUGCCAAUGUACUAACCCCUGGGGCACUUGCCGAAGAGGCCAAAAAUAUUGCUUCAUUGUACAGUGAUGUUCUUACUGCAACAAUCUUGGAUGUUGAGCAGUGCAAAGAAUUAAAAAUGGGUUCUUUUUUAGGCGUUGCUGCAGCUGCUACAAAUCCUUCUUAUUUCAUUCAUUUGUGUUAUAAGCCUUCGAGUGGAUCGGUCAAAACGAAGCUAGCUUUACUUGGAAAGGGAAUUACUUUUGACAGUGGCGGGUACAACCUCAAGAUUGGAGCAAAUUCCUCGAUCGAGCUCAUGAAGAAAGAUAUGGCGGGUGCUGCAGUAGUCUUUGGUGCAGCGAAAGCUAUCGCCCAAAUAAAACCUGCUGGAGUGGAAGUACAUUUCAUUGUUCCAGCGUGCGAAAAUAUGAUUAGCGGGACAGGCAUGAGGCCUGGAGACAUUCUCACAGCUUCAAAUGGGAAGAGAAUCGAGGUUACAGACACUGAUGCUGAAGGGAGGCUUAUACUUGCAGAUGCUUUAGUAUAUGCCUCGAAACUGGGAGUAGAAAAGAUGGUUGAUCUGGCUACACUUACUGGUGCCUGUAUUACUGCUCUUGGGCGAUCUGUUGCUGGGAUUUUUACGCCUAGCGAAGAUCUGGCGAAAGAGGUGCUUGAAGCAGCAGAUGUGGGUGGUGAGAAGCUUUGGAGGAUGCCCUUGGAGGAGAGUUACUGGGAGACCAUGAAAUCCAGUAUUGCUGACAUGAUAAAUGCAGGUUCUCUUGAUGGUGAUGCAAUUACUGCAUCUCUUUUCAUGAAACAGUUUGUUGAUGAGGAAGUGGAAUGGUUGCAUAUUGACAUGGGUGGUCCAGCGUGGGAUUACAAGAAGAACAUUGCAACUGGGUUUGGCACCACUACUAUGGUGGAAUGGGUGCUCAAACACUCUUCUUAGAUUAAUUUUGGUUCUUCUAAGGUGGAUUCUUCAUGUCCACUAGUUGUAAAUGAAGUUGGUUUGAUUAACAAGAGGAAAUGAGAAAUCCUAAGCACAUACACUUUUGAUUUAUUAA